AUGCGUUUUCCAUACCCGAUCUUUAAAAACUACAAGGCAAUUGAUUCUAGGCGUGAUCAAGCUAGUUCGUCUAUUCAACCGGGUACUGUUCAUCAAUCAUCUAUCCAACAAGGCGGUAAUGUUAGUGGUGGGGGCGGUGGUGGUGGCGGCGGUGGGGGCAGCGGUGGUGCUAGUGGGGUGGGUGGAGGAGGGAACAGUAGUGUUUGUGGCAGUGGCGGAGGUAGCAAUAACAAUAGUUGCAGUUGGGCCAAUGGCUCCGGGGGUUCUGGGGGGCAAGCUGGUGCUGGCCCUUCUCUAUCAACAGGCUCCAUCGGGCCCCUAAACGCUUCACCAACGGCCAACGCCAGUAAUGUCAUCGUUGCCUCUUCAUCGGCCGAACUUAAGGCACACAGCUCUCAUUCUGCCUCCGGUCUCGAGGACAAAAUAUCUGGUGGUGGUGUUGGUGACUCAGGCCACUCUGGCCAAUCUAACCCUAAAAGAAUGGAGGAGCCGAUCGAUGCUGAUACAACGCUAGCACUGGGGCGUAAAGCCAUGCCAACAUCUAUUCUCCCGACUAACGAUCCAUCCAAGAUACGUGAGUUUAUUUUGAAUUAG